CAGAGAUCACUGCCAUGGCAGCUAUGGUGGUUUGCUUGACGAUCCUUUCCGUUCUAUUCAUUUCAUUGGUGUUCAAACUUGUGUUUGACACUAUCCACUGUUACAUUUUGAUCCCUAGACGCAUCAAGAACAUGAUGCAAAAACAAGGGGUUCGUGGCCCCAAACCCCGGAGAUUAACGGGUAAUAUCAUUGAGAUGGUUACUCUAACCUCCCAAUCCACCGUAAAUGAUAUGGACGGAGUCCACCACGACGUCGUUGGCCGCCUUCUGCCUCAUUACGUCAAGUGGUCUAACUCCUAUGGGAAAAGAUUUAUAUACUGGCACGGGAUUGAGCCAAGGAUGUGUUUGACAGAGAUAGAAUUGAUCAAAGAACUGAUGACGAAGCACCACCUUGUGACAGGCAAAUCAUGGCUGCAACAGCAAGGCUCAAAGCAUUUUACUGGUAAAGGUUUGUUAAUGGCCAAUGGCCAAGAAUGGUACCAUCAACGACAUAUUGCUGCUCCAGCAUUCAUGGGAGAUAAGCUUAAGAGUUAUUCAACACAUAUGGUGGAAUGCACUAAACACAUGCUUCAAUCACUGCUAAAUGAAGUGAAAUCUGGCCAAAACGAGUUCGAAAUCGGCGAAUACAUGACUAGACUCACUGCCGAUAUAAUCGCAAGAACCGAAUUCGAUACCAGUUAUGAAAAAGGCAAGCAAAUAUUCCAUCUUUUAACAUCUCUGCAACACCGUUGUGCUCAGGCCAGCAGGCACCUUUGCUUUCCCGGAAGCCGGUUUUUUCCGACUAAAUACAACAGAGAAAUAAAGGCAUUGAAAAUGGAGGUAGAGAGAUUACUAAUGGAGAUCAUACAAAGCCGAAAAGAUUGUAUGGAGAUAGGACGAAGCAGUUCGUAUGGGAAUGAUUUGUUAGGCAUAUUGCUGAAUGAGAUGGAAAAGGAGAGACGGGGAGGCAAAUUUAAGAUAAAUUUAGAGUUGAUAAUGGAUGAAUGUAAGACAUUCUUCUUUGCCGGCCAUGAAACAACAGCUCUUUUACUUACGUGGACUGUCAUGUUAUUGGCCACUAACCCUCAUUGGCAACAAAAGGUUCGAGACGAGGUGAAUAAGGUCUGCGAUGGUGGAGUCCCCUCUCUUGAUCAACUCCCCAAACUCACUCUGCUACAAAUGGUUAUAAAUGAGUCACUGAGACUAUAUCCACCAGCAACAGUGCUGCCUCGAAUGGCUUUCCAAGACAUAAAGUUAGGGGACCUGCUUAUCCCCAAGGGACUAUCCUUAUGGAUACCGGUGCUGGCCAUCCAUCACAGUGAAGAAUUAUGGGGACAAGAUGCCAAUGAAUUCAAUCCAGAGAGGUUUAAUUCGAGACCCUUUGCAGCCGGUCGCCAUUUCAUACCCUUCGCUGCUGGCCCACGGAAUUGUAUUGGCCAAUCUUUCGCAAUUAUGGAAGCGAAGAUCAUCUUAGCGAUGUUGAUUUCUCGGUUUAGCUUCACGAUUUCGGAGCGUUAUCGACAUGCUCCGGUUGUGGUCAUGACAAUAAAGCCUAAAUAUGGAGUACAAGUGUAUUUGAAGCCAUUGGAGGAUCCUUCCAACUGAAAACGUACUGAAUUUGAGGUGGAAAUUUUUUGAGUUUGAAUAGAAUCACAUUAAAGCUUAUAUUUGAUGCGUUAACAGUUUAUAUAUUCAUAUAUUAUCAACAAAUCAGAUGCUGCCAUAUCAUUUUUUUUAAAAUAAAUACAAAUUCAUUUUUUCUGGCAUGGCAUUAUUUGAUUUAUUGAUAACAUAUGAAUUUAUAAACUAUUCUUACGUCAAAUAUAAAUAUUUAUAUUGUUGCAGGAUUUUUUUCAAGACAGUAGUGAUGAGAAAUCCAAUUCUGGACUUCAA